GCCAUUACCCACCACCCUCGCACAAAAAAAACUGUCGGAUUAACAUGGUGGGUGCAAACUAUGUCUUAAGUUGAGGCAAAUGGAAGCGGGCGGUGGGCCAGAGAUCCGGCGAGUACUGCGAGUGAGCGGACACGGGGAGGAGGACGGCACGGAGUAGUUCCUUGGAGACUGAUCCCGGGCGGUCUCGGAGGGAGGGGUUUCAGGCCGUGAUUCAGAACAACGAGGCGAGUGAGUGGAGGUUGGCGAGGAACCACGUUUGUUGCCCGGGUUCGAAGGGAAGAGCGACUCGUCCUCUAGUCCUCCAUAUUGCUGCCUCUGGCCCCGUGUUCUCCUGCACAUUCCGUUCAAUUUCUUCCGCUCAGUCUUCCUCGCGAGUUGGAUUUCCCCCCCGCAAAAGAGAGACAUGUUUUUCACCCCCUAGAAGCAAUCCCGUAAAUCUCGAGUAAUUUUAAGACGAGUUAUUUGCGAGGGCUGUAGAGGAAAGGGGAACAGCGGUGAACCCGACAUCGGUUCAUCCGUUUGGUGCACGAUGGCCACCGACGUUGAGACACCAAUGCUUCAGUCCACCGAUCACGACCCGCAGCCGGUUGGCAGCAGUAGCGGCGUCAGCUCUCUGUUAGAACCGGCGGACCGCCACAGCUCCGUAUCGUCUGCUUCAGGAGCAGACGAGGACGCCGGUAACGGCCUGCUGGCGAGGUUGGAGCCGCAGACCGCAGGGCGAGAUCGCUCUGGAGAGCGGAGCGGCCCUUUGGAGAUAGCGACCGACGCCGAGAAAGAGAACAAGGAGAACGACCACAACCAGAGGGAGCCGGCAGAUAAAUCGCUGAAGUUCACCGAAGCGCCCCCUCCCAAAAUCAACCCUUGGACGAAGAAGAAAAAUAUGGUCACUGCUAACAGCGUGAACGUCAGCAGUCAGGAGACAGAACCCCAAAGUUCAACCAAAGUAAUCAAGGCAGGCAAGCCCAAGACCAUAAAGAAACCUGGCAAAGCAAGUGACUUCAGUGACAUCACGAACUGGCCUACUCCAGGAGAAAUCGCUAAUAAGGAGCAUCAUAACAUUAUGAACCAAACAAGCAAGAAGCCUCUGAAUAAAAAUAAGAAGAAGGAUAAGACUGAAAAGAAGGACAACAGUGAGAGCAAAGAAAAUAGAGAAACACCUCAAAAUGAUGAGGAGGAAAAAUCAGCCAUUGAUGAUGAAUCCCAGGGAUCUUCACAAAAAGGGAAGAAAGCCAACAAGCAUAAGUGGGUUCCAUUACAUCUAGACGAAGUGAAACAGGAUGGACAAGAAAGGCCUAAUUCACGUAACAGUUUGCGAUCUCAAUCAGAUGCAACACGAUCAGUCCAAAACAACAAAAGAAAUGAUUAUUCCAGAAGUUGGCGCCGAGAUGACAAACGUGAUAGAGACAGAAGAGAUGACGCUGAUGAAGUUGGCAGUGUUAGGAGCGAGGGUGGUGGUAUGCGAGGAAGUUUUAGAGGAAGAGGACGAGGAAGAGGGCGUGGCAGAGGACGUGGUAGAGGAAACUCGCGUAUGAACUAUGAUUAUCCUUAUGGGUACAAGCAAUCAUAUGAGACCUCUGACCAAUAUAUAGCAGAAUACAACACUAAUAUGAUGUACUAUUACGAUGAUGGAAGUGGAGCACAGAUGUAUACAGUGGAUGAAACUUUACUGAAAGAGUACAUAAAACGACAAAUUGAGUAUUACUUCAGUACAGAAAACCUGGAAAGAGACUUUUUUCUGCGGCGAAAGAUGGAUGAACAAGGCUUUCUGCCUAUUUCCCUGAUUGCUAGCUUCCACCGAGUACAGGCACUAACUACUGACGUAAAUCUUAUAUUGGAGGCUUUAAAAGGAAGUACAGAGGUGCAGAUCGUGGACCAGAAGAUGAGGAAAAAAGAGUGUCCUGAAAAAUGGCCAAUUCCAGGACCACCUGUUUCUGAUCUUCCAAGGACUGAUUUUUCCCGUUUAAUCAACUGCCCGGAGUUUAUACCUGGACAGAUGUAUGGCUCUCAAACUGAAUCUGCUCCUAGUUCCCCUAGACUGGGAAGUCCUGUUGAUGUAAAGAAAAAUGUUGAAGCCAGUAACCUUCAGACAAUGUCUAAAGGACUUUCUACAAGUUUGCCUGAUCUGGAAUCAGAUACUUGGAUAGAAGUGAAAAAGAGACACCGUCCAUCACCACUCAAGGAAAGUGUGUCGACCAAACUUCAGCAAACUCACAAACAAGAGCAAGAAGAGCAGGAGGAACUGGACUUUAUGUUUGAUGAAGAAAUGGAACAGAUAGAGGGUCGCAAGAAUACCUUCACUGAUUGGUCAGAUGAUGACUCAGACUAUGAAAUUGAUGAUCAUGAUGUGAACAAGAUCUUGAUUGUGACUCAGACUCCUCCUCAUAUGCGUAAACAUCCAGGUGGUGACCGUACAGGAAAUCAUGUUUCGCGGGCAAAAAUUACAACAGAACUGGCAAAAGCUAUCAACGAUGGAUUGUACUACUACGAACAGGACCUCUGGAUGGAAGAAAAUGGACCAGAAUACUCAGUGAUAAAGCAAGAAAUUGAGAAUUUUAAGAAGGUGAAAGUCAUCAGUAAAGAGCGUUUCGAAUCUUUGGCUCCUGAGCCACCAAUUGAUGCAAACCAGGAGGUGCCUCCUGCACCACCAAAAGCCCAUCAAGAUUAUGCUGAAGAAUUAGCCAACAAGCUGUUUGGUGUUCCAGAGCCACCAGCUUCAAAUCUCGCCCGCUCUCUGCCUACAACUGUACCAGAGUCACCAGUAUGUUCUGCCAGGACACCCAGGACACCGCGUACACCUAGGCUACAAGAUCCUAAUAAAACUCCACGUUUUUAUCCUGUUGUGAAAGAAGGACGGCCAUUGGAUAUUGAGACACCAAGGAAACGAAAGACACGGCAUAGUUCAAAUCCUCCACUUGAAUGCCAUAUUGGUUGGGUUAUGGAUUCUAAAGAACACAGACCACGGACGUCAUCUGUUAGUAGCUCAAAUGCCAGUCCUUCAGAAGGCACACCAUUUGUUGGAAGUUAUGGCUGCACACCCAACUCACUGCCUAAGUUCCAGCAUCCAUCACAUGAGCUUUUGAGAGAGAAUGGCUUCACCCAACAAGUUUACCAUAAGUAUCGUCGGAGAUGUUUAAAUGAGAGGAAGCGAUUAGGAAUUGGGCAGUCCCAGGAAAUGAACACGCUAUUCCGUUUCUGGUCCUUUUUCCUCAGAGAUCACUUCAACAGGAAAAUGUAUGAAGAAUUUAAGCAGCUGUCUCUUGAGGAUGCAAAAGACAAUUACAGGUAUGGUUUGGAGUGCCUGUUUAGAUUCUACAGCUAUGGUCUAGAGAAAAGAUUCCGAUAUGACAUAUUCAAAGACUUCCAGGAAGAAACAAUAAAAGACUAUGAAGCAGGUCAGCUUUAUGGAUUGGAAAAAUUCUGGGCUUUUCUCAAGUACACACAAACUAAGCAUUUACCAAUUGACCACAAACUGCAAGAGUACCUUAGCAAUUUCAAGCGGCUUGAGGACUUCAGAGUUGAUCCUCCAUUUGGUGAUGAGGUUGGUCGAAAGCGACGUUCUUCUGGAACUGAUGAGAGUGGUCGCAGAAGACAUCUAUCAAACUCUUCAAGUAAAUCAGUAAAUGCUGCUAAGCCUUUACUCACCAGUCAGCCUCAGGUCUCAACAAACCCUUCCAAGUGGGAUGCAUCUUCUGGGAAAUCUGAGAAUGGGAGCCAGAGUACUGCUGCCAUGACUACCACUAAUCUUGAAAUGCCUGAGAAAUAGACUUUCUGUGUCACAUCUCCCUGCUUGUACAAAUCACAUCAGUAUUUUAAGCUCAAGGACCUUGUUCAGUUUUUUCAGACUGCCUCAAUGAAAAAAAACUUGAAAAUAUUCAUUUUACUUUCAGUUUUGGGGGGUGGGGAAACCGACUAAGUCCGUUUUUUUUUGAGCUUUCAGCAAGCUGUUUUGAGGGAGGGGAGCCCGUUCUCAAAAUUUGUUACUCCUCUCAUUUUUGAUUUCCAAGAUGACCUUGAGCUACUGUUUACAGAAACGCAUUCCUGCAAAUAUGCAAAAAUUACACAUUUGAAUUUUGGGAUGCCUUACAUUUCAAUGAGGAUUUCUCAUACUUCUUAAAGAAGAAAAUUUUAUUUUUUAGUCCAUUACCAUAGUGCUUUUGCAGCCAGUUCCUCCUAUAAUUAUUAUUAAUUAUAUAUGCCUAUAUCAAAGUACAAAUUUAUUGCUGGGAUGUAUACAAUUGAACUUAGGUAGAUAGAAAAAAACACUCUGGAAAUUAAGCUUGCAUCCAAGAUGAUAUGACCAGGGCUGCAACAUAAUUUAAUAACUUAAUUAACAGUGUUGAAAAUGGUUGUGCAUCAUCCUGGAUGCAGUGUGUUCUAGUUUUGAAGCAGUUGGUUACAUAGUUAUUGACAAUUUAGCGGAGAUUGUUACAAAUGAUUCAUAUAGACAGAAUUGUUUGGGCUUGAAUGAAAGCAGCACUAAGGAAUAUGCGGCUUUUUAAAAAUGGUCUUUGAAUCACUAAUAUCUUGCACUGCUUAAAAUACCUACUGCAUCUUGAUACGCAGGUCAAGAUAAAAUUGCAGAUUCUCAUUUCAGGAGGUACUAUGUGGCGUGGGAGAGGUGGUGUGGUUUUGUUUCAUCACUUUAUGCUUAUAGUGUGCUUUCAGUGAAGCACUACAAUUGAUUUGUAAUUUUCUAAUCCUAUUCUAUUGUUGUAAAAUGUUCAAAUUUUUGUGGAAAAUUUACAAAAAACAAGUGCUCAUUUACUGAAGUGAUUUUGUUUAAUUUUGCUCUUAAGAAUUAUUAAGACAGUGUCAUUAUUUUAAAUUAUACUUAGCAAGAUGGUUGUGGGCUGCUGGUUUGUUUUGAAAGGUAUUCACGUCUGUGAAAAUUACUGGAAAAUCUUCAAAAUCUGACACAUGUAUUUUAAAUGUACGCUAUUAGGAAUAGUUUCCUAAUGCAUCCAGUGAAAACAAUCUAUUGGUCUUCCUAUCUGUUCAAACUUGAAUAUAGGAAAAUCUGAGCAGUACUUUGAUUUACUGCUGGUAAUCAGAGGGCUAGAAUGAACAGUAGCAGUGUGGAAUCCACAUAAUUACCAUUUAUAAAUAUGCUACAGCUGUACAUGUUUUAAUUUACUGAAAUAACACACACAUACCUUAAUGUAUAAUCUAGGCUUAAACCCAGCUGAAUGGAGUAAUUGUAAAAUACUUAGGUGAAAGAUUGUAUAUACCAUUCAAAGUAAUCAGUUUAGAAUAUUUACCUAAUUUUUUCAUCUAAUGAAAUAAGUGUGCACAUCUAGCAUUAGCGUGUGUAAUUGUGGCAAUCUUCCCAACUUUUAUAAAAAUGCAUAUAAAAACAAACAAAAUGAAUCAGAAAAUAUAACUGGUUGCACUGUGAUUCUUUGGAGAUUUGUUUCAAUGAGGAAACUUGGCAAUGCCUAAGUUUUGCCAAUGAAAACAUGGCUAAGUUUUAAAAAUGUAAAAUGCAUAUACCACUUUCCUUUGAAUGUAUUGCUUUCACAUUUUAUUGUUUUAACAUCCCUGCCCCUUUUUAAAAUCUUGCCUUUUGAAUUAAAAGCUACAGCAAGUGAUUUUUUUUGUGUGUGCCAAAGCUCCUCAAGCCAGACGCUGGUGGGUGGAAAAUGUAACUGUGCCUUGGUUUCUGAUUUUUGCCUUCUGAUGAGGAAUUAUCUGUGUUUUACUGCUGUACUAACGAAAUUAGCAUGUUGAGUUUCUAUAACCCUUUUGCCUUCCUAGUCACUGUUGCAGUCAGGUAAAUGAACAGCAACACACUAUGAAUGGUAUGUAUUCACAGAAAUCUCAACACUUUCAUAAGUGGCCAUCUUUCAUAAGUCUACAGGUUUGGGUAACAAUCAGGUUUAAUUGAUGUGUGUAUUUUUUUUAAAUUUCCUGACAUCACAUUAACUAUGUCAUUCUACAUUUAUGUGUGAAGACUUGAAGUGAAAAUGCAUGCAGUAUGGCAAAAAUAUUCUGGAUCUUUUAAUAGUUUUGAUUUAGCUCACGGAGAACAAAUAUAUCAAAUAAGUAUGUAGCACAUUAAGCGAUUAACCUAACAACUUGCUACAUUUUACAUAUAUUAGAGCAUCACUUGUACAUAUAACAAAUGACUUGAACAUGUAUAUACAAAUCUUUACCUGCUGUUUUUGUGUAAUUCAUUUU